UCUCUGAGUGUUUGACGCAUAACCUCUAAUUUAUUUGGAGCUAGCUGUUUUCAGUUGCUUACGUGUGUUUUGGGUGAUCAUUAAAUACUGAUAAUUGGUGCUAAAAUAGUAUUUGAGGAUGCCGAAAGUGAGGAGGAGUAAGAAGUCACCUCCAGACGGUUGGGAACUGAUCGAACCGACUCUCGAGGAGUUGGAGCAGAAGAUGAGAGAAGCUGAAACCGAGCCACACGAAGGCAAACGAAAGCAAGAAUCUCUGUGGCCGAUAUUCAAAAUUCAUCAUCAGAAAUCGAGAUAUAUCUAUGAUCUGUUCUACAGACGAAAGGCUAUUAGCAGAGAAUUAUAUGACUACUGCCUGAAUGAGAAAAUCGCAGACAAGAAUCUCAUUGCAAAAUGGAAGAAAGUGGGAUACGAGAACUUGUGCUGCCUCCGUUGUAUUCAGACUCGAGAUACAAACUUUGGGACUAAUUGUAUAUGUCGCGUGCCGAAGGGCAAACUAGAAGAAGGGAGGAUCGUUGAAUGCAUCCACUGUGGAUGCCGAGGAUGUUCUGGUUAAUUUUACGAAAUUUAAAGUUAUCUUAAGACUUGAGACUUAUCAAUUGUUUCUAAAUCAAUUAAUCUUGUAAAUAAUAAGAAAUUCAUGAAUAAAUUACACGUUUUAAUAUCAA